AUGACUUCAAAUCUUUCUCAAUACGUUCAAAUAUGUAUUCCCUUGCAGAUCGCACGAUUAGAAAGCGCUUGGCGUGAUGCUAACUCUGUACGUAACCAAACCGGAUCUGGAAGCUGGAAAACAGCAACCGAAAGGAAGGCAAUCGAGGGCUGGGCGGAUGAUGAUCCAAAAUGGCUAAGUACGGAGAAGGCGGCGCUUGCACCCAUCUUGAAGAAGUGCAAGUAUUUCUUUGAGCUGGAGCCUGUUUUUGAGACACGACACGGUAAUACAAGGCUGGCCGUGGCUCAUAGUUUACUCGACGAGGGCGAAGAACACUUUACUCAAAGCCAGCGGGUUUCACGGGAGCAUUCAGUCAAGUCUAAUUUAGCUCAUCAAGAACAUAAUAACGACAACGAUCUGGAGCAAGACCCUUUUGAUCAUUCUCUCAAAUCUAACUUAGCUCAUGAAGAUUAUUGUUUACAUCAUGGAGACCUUCUCGGUGACUCAGAUGAUGAUAUGUUGCAAAUGUUCAACAACAAUAUCAAUGACUUGGACGAUAUCAUUGACUCCAAUCCUAUCACACCAUGUCAACCAUCUCAGACCCCACAUCAACAUCCGAUGUCAUCCAAAUCGAUGAAACGUACCUCUUCAAAAGCUUCUUUAGCAUCAGCCAGUCAAGGUCCCUCCAGCAAACGUAGCCAAAAUCGAAAGUCAGGCUCGGCUGAUUCAAUUCAAGAUCUCAUUCAAAAUAACCCAUUAGAUGCGAAUUUGGAUAAUAUUCAAGCACCUAUCUCACAGCAGGCCAGUCAAGCAUUAGAUACGUUGUCACGUUUAGCUGGGAAUGUGGCUAGCUCUAUGUUACCUGAAAAAUCUACAUUAAAUGAUGAGGACGCUAAGAGAAAGGCCAAAAUUGAACUUGACUUGGCUGAUGUUCAAUUAUCGGGCGAAAGAAAGAAACUUGAUGAAUAUGAUUUCAACUUGUCCUCAAAGAAAGAAAGGCAUAUGCUCAAAAUUCAAAACUUCAAAGCCGAGGUCGAACAUCAACAAAUCACUAGGAAUGUGCAACUCAUCAGUAUGUUGAUGAAGGAUAACAAUCUCUCUCUUCAUGAUGCAGUGUCAGCAGCUCAAGCAGCACAAGCGAUGCAACAAUCAAACUCCAGUAAAUGA